AAUGCAAUUUUUCGCUGGCUCGGCUGGAAAAACAUGCAUUUUUGAUGAGAAAACAGAAGGAGAGACAAGUGCAGUCAGACACACAUACAGUGACAGUCCGACCACUAGUGCAGUGCAGUGCGGGGUACGAAGAAAGUGCGCAUUUCACACAAAAAAGCAGUUCAUUUAACCGACCUUAUUGAUAGUUAUGUGCAUACAUACACGCAUGUACACAUACACGGGCUAGAAAAAGCAACCACCAUCGCACCGCCGCAGCCCCACCAGCAAAACAGCAUCGCUCAACCACAGGAGAAGAGUGGAGCGAGGAGGAGGAGGCAAAUCGAUAAGGUCACCAGAGAAUGGAGUCCCAACCGAAGCGGCCCUCAUUGCAUUUAGUGGCAGAGGCUGGAACAGGAUCUGGAUCUGGAGUGGGUGCUGCCACAGCUGAGAUGUCGGGCGCCUAUUCCCCCACGUCGGGCUUCCUGCCGGACAUGCCGCAGUGGAAGAAGGACCUCAUACAGCGCCGCAAGACGAACGUGGCCCGCACCCAGGCAGCAGCCUCGCCCACCGCUACGUCCGAUGUGGAUGUGGCCUUGGGGGAAUCGAGUGCAUCGGGGGGAACAGUAGGCGGAGGAGCAGGCGCCAGUGCAGAACCGACUGCGACUGAGGCGACGAUCACUAGUCAACCACAGCAGAAGCCGCUGGCCAAGAGAAAUGUAAGCCAGCCAGCGACAGCAGCAGCACACUUACAAAUGCAAGCAGCGCUUAAGACUACACCAACAGAGGAAAAGUCUGAGAAAUCUUUCAUUGGAGGUCAUCAUACCCAACAGCAACAGCAGCAGCAGCAGCUCCACCAAGGCAAAGACUCAGCGUCAGCGUUGGCCUUUUCAAUUUCAGCUGAAACAACGUUUGGGCCAACGGCCACUGGAAAUCCACAAAUACCAAUACCAAUACCAAAGCAGCGAUCAAGUUUAUUUAACACAAGAAGUCCAUCAACAACAACAACAGCAACCAGCAGUAGCAGCAGCUCCAGCGGCAGCAAGGAGCCAGAAAUUCUAAAUUUGGAUCUCAGAGAGCGCGAGCGGGAGAGCGAACGCGAACCGGGAGAGCAGAUUGACUCCAUGGUGAGUUACCGCUCUCGCGGCGGUGGUGAAGUUGAAACUGGCACAGCGGCAGCAGCGGCAACUGGAGCAUUAACAGCAAUCGACGCCAGCAGCGGCAGCGGCGUCGGCGCACUGGCAGCAGCGCCAACAUCGUCGUCGUCAGCAAAUCACUUGCAAACGAAACUUGGACAGACCGUUUCAGAAGGGGCUCCGAAUCAGACGAGCUCCACCGCGAAAGAGAAAGAACUGCAGGUAGCCGCAGCAAUAGCAACAGCAGCACCAGCAACACCGUUGCUUCUUGUUGAUAAUAAAAACGGUUCGAAGACAAAGCUCAUUUCCGAUAAAUUGCAGAGCAAUAAGUUUAUAAAACAACAGCAAGAACAGCAGCAGCAGCACCAGCACCAGCAACAACAGCACCAGCAACAAUUGUCGCCCACCAAAUCAACGGUAAAAACGACAAUGGUCGCCAUGCAAGAAAUGAAAAAGACAACAAAACAAAAUGGCCAACACCGUCACAUCGCGAAGAGCAGCAGCAACAGCAGCCACAGCGGCGACACAGAGGCCGCCCCCGGUGUGGCCCUGCCCGCGCUGGUGGACACCGGCGAGGAUCUGAGCUAUGGGCCUGGCAUUGUGUCGAAGCUGCGCUGCCGCUACCUUAGCCUGGCGCUGCGCGAGUCCCACCAGCAGAACCAGAAGCAGCGCCUGCAGCGCUCCACCAGCCUCAACACGCUGCUCGAUCGGGACGACGAUGAAGAGGAAAUUAAUGCCAAUGCCGGUCUCGAGGUGGUCUCGACCCGGGCCAAAUCCACACCGCCGCCGAUACUGGGUGCCAAGCCGACGAUGCUUGGCGGUGGCUACAUCAAGGGCGCCCAGGCGCCAGUCCAGCGUCCCGUUAGUCUGGGCACCAAUGGAACAACCCCCACGCUGUCCGCGCUAAGCACCGAAGAUUCCACAAAGCCCACCAAUGGAGGAGGAGGAGGAGGAGUGAACCGCUCACGCCACUUCAAACGCGGCAACGAGGUAAUGAAGCGCGCCCGCUCCGUGGAGGCGCUGCUCUGCGAGAAGUCGCCAUGGAAUACGCAGAGAGCCAGCUACCAGGCGACAAGCAUGGCCAUGCCCACUGCACCACAGGCUGUCUCCCCGGGCGCUGCAUCGCCCACCUGCGUCACCAUCGAGGACAAGAUCCACAAUGCCCGCGAGCGACUGCACAGUGGGACGGAUACGGCGCCGCCCAAGCGUCUGACCUCCAUCAUCGACGACACGGAGCGCCCGCCACCGGAUCUGGUCAAGCAGACGCUGAAGAUGUUCGAGGCGAGUGCCAAUCGUCGGCCACGCGCCACCCACCGCUCCAACGGAGUGGGCGGUGUGGCCAGCAAGGUGGCAAACUAUAAGUCUAUCCUCAAGGAGCAGCGAUCGCCGGCACCCAGCGUAGGCAGCACACCGCCAUCCCUGUUACGACGUGAGCCCGGCCAGAGUGUGGGCUUUGCUGCGUCCACCCCCAAGCAGGCGACACGCUCGGCCUUGAUCUCCGACAGCAGCAGCAGCACACCCCAUCCCCAUCCCGAUAUCAUUCCGCGGCAGCUGGCCAGCGUCGUAGACUCGCCCGUUACCGCGCUGAGCCUCAUGAUGGGACGCAUCAAUCUGCAGGACGCUGAUGGUGAGGCAGCGGCGGCCGCGUCGGCGGUGAAUGAGAGCUUAGUCAGCGAGGCCAGAGCGGCGACGGCAUCGGGAACGGUAGCAGUGGCAGUGCCAGUGGCAGUAGCGGCGUCAGCGUCAGCGACGACAAACAACGAAGCGAACAGCGAAUACGAGAAUGAGAAUGAGAAUAAUGGCAGGCACGAUGUUGGCAACGAUGGGGAUGACGACAACACCACCAACGACAACAACCGCAACGACAGCGACAACAAUGGGCACGAUGGCGAUAAUAUGGGCGCGGCAGGCGAUAAGCCUAAGCCCCCCACAAGCACAGCAACGACGACGACGGCUGCGGCGGCGGCGGCGACAGCGGCAGGAGGCGCCCAGCGAUCAUUCGUUGCCACGAUCGAGAGCGCGCAUGUUCCCAGUGGAAGUAAUAUCGCAAGAAAACAGCUGAACAACAUCGAAACGGGAUCAGGAUUGGGAUCUGGAUCUGGAUCAUCCGGGAUAACAUCUACAACAACAACAACCAAACAGAUUGGUGUGAUACGGCCGCUCUUCAAUAGCAGCGGUACGACACAACAGCUAACCAGUCGCGAGAUCGAAAAGAAUCGCAUUAAUGAAAUGAAAAAGUCCUCGGCACUGGCCAACGAUGGCAGCUCCGGUGCGGGUUCGCCCAUAACUAGUCUGGAUACGGUGAUAAAUUCGAUACGGGAUGGCAGCGAAACGGACGCGGCCUCAGCCUCGCCCUUGUGGACAUUGCGGAAGCUGCGUCAUGGCCAUGCAGCCGGCAGCAAUUCUGGUCAUCAUGCGGCAGGAACGUCGGCCACUUCCAGCCAUUCCACGGAGAACACCUCGAUGGUGUUCAAUUUCUCCAAGAGCACCAAAGAAGUGCCCGACUACAUUGAAAGCGAUGUUGUGAUCUACAGGCGUAAACGGGAAUUGCCAAAGCCAAAUGAGCCCGGCUUCGUGUUGCUGGGCGAUCUAUCGGUGGAGACCUCCACGGAUACGGACUAUGACGAUUACUCCCUGUGCCCGCCCUCGCCGUGCGACGUGGAGUUCGAGAAUGCCAACAUUGUGAUCGAUGGCAAGUCCAGCAUACGCCAGAAACCCAAAGAGUCAUCGUUUCGCGUGCAGUUUAACGACACGUUGACGUCCACCUUCGAGUACCCGUCAGAGGCAUCGAUGGUCAUCGAUGAUCCGCCCUACGCCGAUCCCUUUUCCCAUGUCAGCAAGCAUCACCAGCUGCUGCUGGCCGAGCAGAUGCAGCUGCUACAGCAUCAGCAACAGGUGCAACAGCAGCAGCAGCAGCAUCAUCAUGUUACUGUAGACGAGAUCAUUGAGCUGCCCACAUCGACGGUGGGGAACAACAGAUCUGGUGGCAGCGGUGGAGGGGGCAAUAUGCUGGGGAAUUUACCGUUGGGCUCCACGGCCCUGGGUUUUUAUACGCCCAUGAAGGCCUCACCGAUGGACAGCCUCUUCCAGCUGGGUGUGACCAGAUACGCGCCGCCCGACAGCAGCAGCAGCAGCAGCAGCAGUGGGGGCGGCGUCAGCAACAACAGCAGUGGCAGCAACAGCAACAACAGCAGCAACGGCUGCAGUCCAGCAUGUGGUGGAGGAGGAAGCAGCGGCGGUGGCGGCAAGGCAACGACUACGCUGUUCAAUGGCAACGGCAGCAUUGUGGGCCUCGGCGAGGGUCUCAUCAAAGAUGGCGGCAACUGCGCCGACGAGGAGGACGCAGCACAGGCAACCACAAAUGGAGCCGGCGGCAAGAAAGGCAAUUGCGAUGCGGAUGGAGAGGAUGACGAUUAUCAUCCAACGGCGACGCCCGGCGGCGGAGUUGUCUAUAGCGAGGGCACACAGAAGACGGAUCUAUUGUACUGAUUAGAUGACUUAUGCACAGCUCUCUGGAGGAGCUCCCACUCUAUCUGUAUAUCCCAUUAGAACCCCCUCCCCCCCCCCCUGUCUGAAAACCGUGCGCUUAGGUGAAAUAUUAAUUUCAGUUAUACAUAAAACAGAAAACAGAAUACGGCAGAAAGAAACACACAGCAAGAUACGUAUAUAUAUAUAUAUAGAUAUUAUUUGUAAGUCGUAAGCCCCAGGAUAUGAAUGAAUGUCAGGCGCGAGAUCCGAAAGGAUCUUUGCCCGUCUGUGUGUGCGUGUGCGUGUGUGUGUGUGCGUGUGUGAGUGAGUGUCUUUAAAUAUAUCUAUACAUGUGUUUUUUUUUUUUUUUUUUUCUUUAAAUUAAUAAUGUUUCGCAUUAUUAAUAUUAAUAUGAUUAUUGUAAAUGCAUCGAUGGCACUUUAGUGAGGGAACCAACAACCAUUUCGAGUGUUGUUCCAUAUUGUAUUUGUAUUUGUAUUCCAUUUACGGUAUUUUUUAUAGUAAAUAUACAAGAAGAAGAAGCAAUGCCAAGAAACAAAACAAAAAACAAAAAAAAUAUACUUGGAUAUUUUGCCGAACAUAAAAUUAAACAAGAAGAAAGCAUUGUAAAACAACGACAGGUUGUUCCACCAACAACAGCAACUGAAUCGGAAACAGAAACAAUUGAAUCCCGCUUUAGGGUCUUACAUGAAACAUGCAUACACAUAUGUAAAUCCAGUUCAGAUCAGAUCCCCAUGAACAGUAUCUAAGAUUCAGAGCGACACGAUAAUGAGCCCCAGCCCAGCCACAAUCUAAUUUCCGUAUACCCGAUACACACUUCCAAUUUCCCGAUACGAAACCCGGAAGAAAAGUAAAGGAAAAAUGUAAACAUUUGCCUCAUAAAUAUUAUUAAACAUUUAGCGCUUACAUACCAUAUUUUUUACAAUUGUAUUCCGUAAAUAAAUAUAAAUAUAUACAAAUA